UCUCACAUUUGGAAUCAUCCAACGACCACGUCAAUGGUCAGUCACUGCUCGAUUCACCAAUACAAAUGACUCCCACCCCACCCACCAAUCAACAAUAACAUUCCACCAGAUAAAAGAAAAAAAAAAAAACUCAUGACGGAGGAAGACCAAGAGAAGCCUCUAGCUCCGGUGAUCAAGCCCCCUCUUCCGCCACUCACCGUCGACGAAGAGUUGUCCAUCGAACUGAGUAAAAAGCACAAAGGCUUUCGUAACCGCACCAUCUGUUGCGGCAUCAUAACCGCGGUUAUACUCAUCAUAUCCGUUGUGAUGUUAGUCUUAGGUUUCACCGUGCUCCAUGUUAAAAACCCUAAAAUCAACAUGAACUCGGUUACAAUCAUCGGGCUUGACCGAGUCAACAUAACUGAUCUAAGUAAUGUGAACCUGACCGUUGUGGCAGACGUGUCCGUGAAGAACCCUAAUGUUGCGGCUUUCAAGUUUGAAAAAUCUAACUCAAGUCUUUUGUACCACGGUAAGGUGGUGGGGGUGGCGGAUAUACCCGUGGGGAUAGCCAAGGCGAGGCGGACGAUGAGAUUAAACGUUACGGUUGACGUGAUGGUGGCCGAGAUAGCCAGAAACCAAGAGUUUGUUAGUGAUUUGAUGGCGGGGAUGUUGCCGGUUGAAAGUUAUACGAAGAUUCAUGGUAGGGUUAAGAUAUUGAAUAUUAUAAAGAGACAUGUUACGGUAACUAUGGAUUGUUCUUUCUCCGUUAAUGUAACCAGCCGAGAGAUUGUGAACCAAACUUGCAAGAAGCAUGUUUCCAUUUAGCCAUUUAGGUGUUUUUUAGAUCAAUUUUUGAUGGUUUUCAUGUUUACUUUUGGCAUUUGUUGAUUGUUAUUUGUGUAAAAAAAGGUUGUCUGUUCACUGAUAAUAGAUGAAAGUUGUAAAAAGUAUA